AUGCUGAGACAAAUGCAGCUGCGCUGGAGCGGCCACCUGGUGCGCAUGGACGACGAGAGACUACCCAAACGACUCUUCUACGGAGAAGUCGCGACGGGUUCUCGCCGCCAAGGAGGCCAAAUUCGUCGAUACAAGGACACUCUGAAGUCCUCCCUGAAGCGACUGCAAAUCAACCCGACCAACUGGGACGAGCUAGCUCGCGAUUGUCCGACAUGGAGGAGAACAGUGAAGACGGGCACUGCUAUCCACGAAGCCAACCGCAUCGCUGCGGCCAAAGCGAAACGCGAAGCCCGCAAAUCCCAACUGCGCCCAGUCCGCAACGCCGCCGCACAACCGCUCCCAACGUGUCCUCCAUGUCAACGGACAUUCUGGGCUCGAAUCGGAUUUGUUGGACAUCUCCGGAUCUACUGCGCCUCUCGGUAA